GAACAACUACGAGCUGAAUGAAUGAAAGAGAGAGAGAGAAAUACUGAGGAUCAGAGAGAGAUAACUAGGGACAAAGAGAGAUAAAAAAGGAGAGAGAGGUAAAGAGAGAUAUAAAGAGGGAGAUAUAUAAAAAGGGAGAGAGGUAAAGAGAGACAGAGCUCAAGAGAGAUACAGAGAUAAAGAGGGAGAGAGGUAAAGAGGGAGAUAAAGAGGGAGAGUUAGAGAGAACACUGUGGGAGUCCCCGUUGCUAAGCUGCAACUUGUGAGCAGGAAAGGGGAUAUAAACACGCUCUGUUGGGUGUAUUAAAUGUCUGGUUAGAAUUAUGACUUCAGGAGUCUGAACGGAGGUGAGACUUUUCUAAAACAUGGAGUUUCUACUGUCUCCGGAGUUUAAAUAUAAAGCUGCAUUAUUAGUUAACCAGCUCGUCGUGUUCAGAGCGGCUUUCUCUCGGUACUGAAAUGUUCCUGAGUGAGAGAGAGAGCUAAAGCUGGAGCUGAAGUUAUGUCCAGGCUGAAGUUCACUCUGAGCAGCUUCCUGAGGAAGAGAAACGGUGAGGGAGUUCAGCAGUGGCCGGACGGAUCCAGAUAUGAAGGACAGUUCGUGGAGGAUCUGAAACACGGACAUGGUGUUUACACCUGGCCAAAUGGACAGUCGUAUGAAGGAUCCUUCUACAAGGAUUUCCGCCAUGGGAGUGGAACGUACAUCUGGCCCGAUGGUUCCCGAUUCACUGGGAAGUUCUAUCUGAAUCGCAAAGAAGGAUACGGGGUCCAUGUGUUUCGGGAUGGAACCACUUUUCAGGGCCUUUUCCAUGCUGAUAAGCGCUUUGGGCCUGGGGUGAUUACCUACGUGGAUGGCCGGCAGGAAGUGGGUGUGUGGUACAGGAAGUGGCUGUUCCGUCUCUGCACCAGAAUAGAGGGAGCCUUCACACUCCAGGACGUCCCAGGAUACACGAGCAGACUAUCCAAACAUAAACACCUAACCCAGAAUGAAACAGAAAUAUCCACCAAGCUGAUUGAUACGUCUCUGCUGGAUGACCCUUCUUCACUGGAGGAUGAUGGGUUUAUUCUGCCUCCGGACAUCUUUUAUUACUGCACAGACUCAGACCACCUGCCCAUAACCCAUAGCCUGCGGAAAGAGCUGGAUCUGCUCUUCUUUGGCAGCAGUGAUUUUGUUACCCCAACGUUUCCUGAGGACAUGCCUCUGCAGCUACGAAUCAAGGCUCAUAUCAAUGUACACAGAUUUGAGGCUAAAGGGCUGUCCUGGGAGGUUGCUGCUGUCCUGGCCAUGAACAGAGAACCAUUUGGGCCCAAAGGUCCUCUGGAGCUCAGCUCAGAAAGAUUCAUCAGAGAAGCUUCCUUAGGUGUCCCCUCUGCUAUACGUCACCUCCUAAAAGACGGGAACAUCCACCCAGAUGUCAGUGACGCAGGAGGCUUCACUGCCCUCAUCGCUGCGACAGUCAACUGUCAUGAUGAGGUGAUCCACUUGCUGCUGGACAGUGGAGCAGACGUGGAUAAGCUGAAUGAGGAGGGCAUGUCUGCUCUGGCAGUGUGUGCAGUUCUGUACUACCCGUUCCAGUCUCUAAUCGAGACAGAGGCUGAGAGAACUCCAGACUCUUCACACACUCCAGGAGGGGACACCCCUAAGAUCAUAACCUCUUCAACCCUGACCAGCACCUCUCUGGAGGAGCAUGAAGGACAAGGAGACACAGGCAGCCAAACAGGUCCGCUGAAGCCAGAUUCUUUACCUGAACAUUUCAGCUGUGCUGUGGAAUCUAAAGCCUCAGAGCCCUCAGAGGACAGUGCCUGUCCAAACAAAGCUGAGAUGGCUCUUCAGGACACUGAAUCUCAGGCAGUGGAAGCUGCUGAACUCUUGGAGGAGGCCCAGCUGAACACGGUGAGCAGCUCUCUGCAGGUGCUGGAUGGGAACACCCCUGUCGACGCCCUAACCAGACAGGAGGGAGAGCCUGAGGAACAAGAUGGGUUUUCCAAACAGCAAAAUCUGGAGCCAAAGAUAGAAGUGGCAGUAUUUGGAAUCUCAGUGGAGGAUGCUGUAUUUGACUCUGCUUGUUCCGUGGCUAGCCUUCAUAUUAACGUCACAGAGGGCAUCAAGCAGCAGAUGGCUGAGGUCCUGUGCCAAGCAGGCCACGUAAAGCCUGCGGAAACCCUGGAAACUGUCCGCGUGAUGGCGCUCAUGAAGACUGAACGUCAGAGCCGCUGGUCCACCCUGAAUCUGCUGCUGAACAGAGGCUCUGACCCCAACAUCUCCAGCGUCCCAAUGCCUGUCAUCUUCUUGUCCAUUAAGGCGGGUGAUGUUGAGGGCGUGCGGCGGCUGCUGGAGUGCGGCGCUCGCACAGACUUGCCCUUAACCGCCAAGCUGAAGGGUCUAUAUCCACUACACAUGGCGGCUGGUCUGCCGGGGCCAGAGGGGCCAAAGAUCACGCAGAUGCUCCUACAUGGACUUGCGGACCCUGAUGCCAAAGCCCAAGACGCCAGUGAGGUGUUUCACCUGGACAGAAGGUGCAGAUUUGGGGCCCAGGUGGGUUAUGAGACGAGUCCCAUCACAGGCUCUCGACCUCCAGCCUGCAUCUACACGUCCUCCUCAGACGUCCCAGAGGAAGGAGGCAGGACUCCACUUCACGUAGCCUGUCAGAGGGACAGUGAUUUUUCAAAUGCCAGAGAUGUGGUGUCCACUCUCCUCUCCCACAAGGCGAGUACCAACCAUCUGUGGAGCGGUCAUUCCCCUCUCUCACUGGCCAUCGCCAGCGGCAACGACCUGGCUGUUGAUGAGCUUCUGGCUGCCGGAGCCGACCCCAAUCUGCCCCUCUCCCGCCAUGUGGGCAGUGCUCUGUGCGCCGCCGCCAACUUCAGCUACGACUGUGGCUCUAAACCUCACAACAGACUCAAACUGAUUGAGAAGCUGAUAAAGGCCGGUGCCAACAUCCUGAUGCCUGUGGUGGUUGGUGAGGGGCAGAAGUGUACAGUAGGAACGGCAGUGGAUUAUGCCUAUUAUCAGUUUAAACAGGACCAGAGAAUCUGCGACACCCCGUACCAUGUCCUAAACCAGCGCGAGAGAGAGACCUACAGUGCCCGCAGGAAGCUGCUCGACGCACUGAGCGUCCUGCUGAGGCAGGCUGUGAUCAGCAUGGAGAAACAGCAUCUGGAAGAGGAGCAGAGCCAGGACAUACAGAUACAGAGUGUUAGUCCCUCAGAGACAUUUAUGUGUGCCUCAGCUGAAGCAACAUCCCCUCAAACCAGAGAACAGACACACAGAAAAACAGCUCCACAACGGAAACCUCUGUUUAAAUACUGCUACCAGUGUGGCCGCUCGGUGUGGGUGGUCCUGACAGCCUGUAGCCGUUGCCGUAAGGUGUUUUAUUGCAGUAAAACGUGCAAGAUGAAGGCCUGGAACGAACGGCAUAAGGAGGAGUGUAUUCUUCUGGCAGGCACUGGAAGUGUUGGAGGCAGAUACUUUUCUGGGGAACCGCGUUGUCAUCUCACCAGCAGAAGCUCCAAGAAAGGCCAGGAAAGAGCUAAGAAUGGACAGGAAAGUUAUAAAAAAGGACUGAGUAGUUAUAAGAAAACACUGGAAAAAUCUAAAAAAGGACUGGAAGGCUCUAAGAAAGGCAAGAAUCUUCAUCUCAGUCUGGAGAAACCAGACCUAAGUCAUUCAUCAGCACACAGACACAAGCAUGACCCCAAAGAAAAUUACAGUUUUAUUUGAGAUGUGAUACAAAGACUAUGCAGGUGAGAGAGAAAGACAUUUCAUACAGAGUCCCAUUAAACGCCAGCAUUUCUGUAAAUACAGGGCAGAGAAACUUCUGUGUAAUGGCAUUUUAAAAAAAGCAUAGUGAUGAUACAGAGCGUUUGAUGGACCUUUACAUUUUUUGUUUCAAUCUUUGUAGGACAGUUACAUUCAGUGCACACUAAAAUACUGUCAGAAGUCUAUUGGUAAGUCUUAGUACAGGAAUAAGUCAACAGUGUGCCAUAUAGAGAGGUUUUAAAGUAAAGGCUUGAAGUGGAGCUGAAAGUGGAAGAGGCAACGUGGUUCUAUUAAACGACUGUGUUCUUUCAUUCA